CUGAUGUCUGCACGUCUUCCUGUGCAGGAAGGGCUGGAACUCUGUGCUGUCUUAGCUCCCAGACCGGCAGCAGUGAGUCACCAGGUGCUGCCCCACACCUGCAGAAAAAGAACCUGCUUUUUAACAAGACCCCCAGGGGACUCCUGUGCAUGUUGCAUGCAUGAGGUUUGAGAGGCUCUGGCUAAGGAUCCCUCCUUUUACCUCUAUUUGAAUGGACUGGCUGGGGAACCGCUGCUCACCAGCAGGGGCGCUGCAGGGAGGGUGUCAAGGUGCCGCGCUGACACAAGCUAUCUCCCUCCCUCCUUCUUCCCUUGCAGCUCCACGCUGAUACGUUCAUUGCCUUCUGAGGUCCUCAGCUACUCCCCUACCCAGCUGGACUUUGCCAGCAGACAGGGACACUCGCCUCCACCCCUGUUUAGGGUGGCUUGGAGGCAGGACUCUGCCGGAAAGCGUCAGGCCUCUCCCACCUGGAGUCCCCACCCACUGCCACCUGCGGGCUGGCUUGGCCACUGGGUCUGGACGACCUGUUUCUGGAAGAAGGAACUGCGGGUCCUGCACAAGCCAGCGCCCCCUGGGAGCAUUAGACAGAAGGCCCUUGGCCUUGGCUGGCCCAGGUGCAGGACACUCAGCAGCUUGGAGUGGCCAGGACAAUGUGCCCCCUGGAGACUGCCCUCCAACAACCCCAGUUCCUUCUGCUGGUGGGAGUCCCUGUGGCCAGUGCCCUGCUUCUGGUUCAGUGCCUCCGGUGGCACUGUCCCCGGAGGCUGCUCAGGCCCUGCUGGAAGCCAGAUAGCCACGGGGAGCCAGUGCCUCCAUCCCUCCCGCCACCAGAAUUCGAGGUGCCAGGGCAGGGUGCGCCUGCUACACUGCCGGAGAUGGCUGCCUUCUACCAGGAGCUGCACACGCCCACUCAGGGCCAGACUGUCACCCGGCAGCUGAUGCACAAGCUGCUGGUGUUCUUGGCCCGAGAGGUGGAUCACCGUGGGGGCUGCCUCCUGCUGCAGGACAUGGGCAUCUCCCUUGUCAUCCCGCCAGGUGCUGUGGCCGUGGGGCGCCAGGAGCGGGUGUCCUUGAUCCUGGUGUGGGACCUGUCUGAUGCCCCUCCACUGUCCCAAGCCCAGGGGCUAGUGAGCCCGGUGGUGGCAUGCGGGCCCCACGGGGCCUCCUUCCUGAAGCCCUGCAGCCUCACGUUCAAGCACUGCGCCCAGCAGCCAGGCCACGCGUGCACUUACAGCAGCAACACGCCCCUGCUGGAUGCCAAGACCUGGAGGCCCCUGGGCCGGCCGGGGGCCCACACCUUCCUGGACGAGUGUCGCAUCCAGCUUUCCCACUUCAGCCUCUACACCUGCGUGCUGGAGGCGCCUGUGGGCCAGGCUGCCCGCAAGUGGUUGCAGCUGGCCGUGUUCUGCUCCCCGCUGGCCCCGGGGCAGACGCACCUGCAGCUGCGCGUCUACUUCCUCAACAACACGCCCUGCGCCCUGCAGUGGGCCGUGACCAAUGAGCAGCCCCACGGGGGGCGCCUGCGAGGGCCCUGCCAGCUCUUUGACUUCACUGGGGCCAGAGGCGACCAGUGCCUGAAACUCAAGUACAUCUCCGAGGGUUGGGAGAAUGUGGAUGACAGCAGCUGCCAGCUGGUUCCCCAUCUCCACAUCUGGCAUGGGAAGUGCCCCUUCCGCUCCUUCUGCUUCCGGAGAAAAGCAGCCAAUGAGAACGAGGACUGCUUGGCCCUGACCAAUGAGAUCAUUGUCACCAUGCACACCUUCCAGGACGGCUUGGAGACCAAGUACAUGGAGAUCCUCAGGUUCCAGGCUUCAGAGGAGGAGUCCUGGGCGACGCCACCCCCUGUCUCCCAGCUGCCUCUGUGCAACAGGCUGCCACCAGAGCUCUUUGAGCAGCUGCGGAUGUUGCUAGAGCCAAACAGCAUCUCAGGCAAUGACUGGCGCCGGCUGGCCUCCCACCUGGGCCUCUGCGGCAUGAAAAUCCGGGGCCGGUCUUCCUGGUCUUCCUAUCCACCCCUAUGCUCUCAGGGCCUGGAGCGAUGCCGGGCUCACAGUUCCUGUCGUGUCAGCGCAGCCCUGCUGCAGCCAUCCUGGAGCUCUUUGAGGAGCAGAAUGGCAGCCUGCAGGAGCUGCACAGCCUCAUGACCUCCAUGGAGCGGCUGGACUGUGCCUCCGUCAUCCAGAGCUACCUGAACAUGAUGCCCCGCAGCAGCCCGGCUGUGGCCCACAGUCCUUCCCGGGAGAACCAGGAACUGGAACUGGAUGAGAAGCUCUGACCACCCACCAGGAUGGGUGGCCUGGGAAAAACACGGUAGCAAAACCUGCUAACCAUGCCAGGGCUACCUGUGAGCCACCUCCAUCAGGGCCACUUUGUCCUGCAUGCAGGUUCUCUCCUGGCCAGCAGGGGGCGGAGGAGCACAGGAGAUGACCACAGCUUGGCCAGCUUCCCGGCACCUAUUUUUAUAGACAAUGGACUGCCAGGUAGCCCCCCUGGGCAAUCCUGGGCAACUGGUCCACAAGCAUUCACGGAGCACUUGGUAAGUCCUAACACUCCAAGGGGACACUGGAGUAUUUGAGGUGGGGCCUGGAGCCCGGAAUAGCCUCAGUGCUCUUUUGGAGAGUCAAAGUGCUUCGAUGAGCACUCAGUGCAGAUUCUAAGACAGCAGGGGCCUGAGCUGUACUCUGCAGGAGGAGUUGGGAAGGGAGAGAGCUGUGUGGGCUGGAGCAAAGAGAAGGCCCCAGGCAGAUGGAGGGGGAGAGCCUUAGGUGGGGCCAGUCAGAAGGGGGUGGGGGGUUAAGGAGCUUAGCCCUCUGGCCAGAGGAGGGAGAAUCAGGCUGGACAUCCCUGCUGCUCACCGCCUCCUCUACCUCCCUCUGUCUCCCUGUGCACUUGCCUUGUCUUCCUCUCUUCGCCGUCAUCUCUAUCAUCAGGCAUUAAAGCCGAGCAGAAACCUCAGGCUCAACCUUUAUAUCCCUUCGCCUCCAUCUGUGUGAGUUUUAAGCCUCUGACUUCAUUUUGCUGCCUCUCUUCCCUGUGACUUCUCCAUCCCAGAAUCCACAUGUCAUUCUGUUACCCAGUACCUCAGUAUCUUUUCGUCUCAACCUAGUUACCUCACCCUGUCCUUGCGAGUUGCUUUCUCUAUCUGAAAUCUUCAGUCGUUUCCCCCGGGGCGAGUGUCUCCAAACUUACGUGAUAUAUCAAAGGCUCUCGAGAGAGCCUGCGCUACCCUAGCAAUGACCGAAUGGGCACAUUCUCCCCAUGGAUCGAGAUCCAGUUUGGGGCCAGGAAAUAAAGGAACGGGACUAAUAGAUAACAAAUACUACCAUGUGUGUAAGACACGGUAUGCAAAAGAUGGGCAUUGCAGAGAACAAAGGGCCCCACUCGGCCUAGCGAUGCUUCUGCUUGAAAACAGUUAUUCAUGAUUUGUUCAAGGGCAGGCAAUAUCUCUGGUAACCCUAAGAGUUUGCUUCUAUAUUUAAUAAAAGUAUGAAUGCGUU